AUGUAAAUAUUGCAUGUAUUAUUGUACGUUGAAUAGCCGAACGAAGCGAGUUUAGUGAAAUAUAAAGACAGAACUCGGGUGUAUGUACAUUAGUGUUACAGUAGACGAGAAAAUAUCAUAAGAUGUGGAUGCUCUUCAACAGAAUAUGCACUAGCAGAGCGCGUCUCGACGGCAAAACUGCUGUUAUAACGGGAGCAAAUAGUGGAAUUGGCAAAGAGACUGCUAGAGAUUUUUACAGAAGAGGUGCUAAGGUGAUUCUUGCCUGUCGAAAUAUAGAACUGGCAAAGGAAGCAGUCGAGGACAUAAAAAAUAAUCCACCUUCAGGGAUUGAUGAGGGCGAGUACCGAAAUGGUGCAGGCGAGCUCGCAAUUUAUUUCUUGGAUCUCUGUAGUUUGAAGAGCGUAAGAAAUUGUGCUAGAAACUUAUUGAAAAAUGAAGCAACCAUUCACAUACUCGUAAACAACGCCGGCGUAGUGCUGCUUCCGUUCAAAAAAACUGAGGAUGGACACGAGUUGACGUUACAGACAAAUUAUCUAGGUCAUUUCCUCCUGACGCUCUUACUGCUGCCAAAAAUGCAAUUAUCCUCUCCUGGCUGUAGAAUAGUCAACGUCUCUUCCAUAUUGCAUCUUCUUGGUGAUAUAAAUUUCGAUGAUAUUUAUUUGGAGAGAUCUUACAAGGAAUGGCCAGCUUAUAAUCAAUCCAAACUGGCGAACAUUUUAUUCACCAAGGAACUUGCACGUCGAUUACAAGAGGCAAACAUUAAUGGAAUAAACGUGUAUUCCUUGCAUCCCGGUCUCAUACCGACAAAAAUAUUACGGCACAGCGAUAAUUUUCUAUUUCCGGGAACAUACUAUUGCUUUAAUUUAUUUGCGAGCAUAUUUUGUAAGAACAUUGUGCAAGGAGCGCAAACGACAAUAUACUGUUCAGUGGACGAGAAAACAGCUAAUGAGACUGGACUCUAUUAUUCAAACUGUAACGUCGCCACUCCGCAAUGGAGAGCGAGGGACGAUCAAUAUGCUAAAAAAUUAUGGAAUUUAUCUUGCCGGCUUUUGGAUUUGGAGCCUAAAGCAGAUUUUAUCACAUUUUUAAAAGAUGUCUCAUGUCAACUUACAGAAUAAAAAGAAUAUAUUUACUGCAGUACAUCAUAUAUAUUGAUCCAUUCUCUUUUUUGAAAUCGCUUUCUACAAGUGAAUGUUCAGUCCAAUGACUUUUAGCCUUGCUGCUUGUUUAUAAUCGUAUAUUGCUGUUAGAAUUAGGCCACGAUUUUUAUGAUUGUGAUUGACAAUAUAAAUCUGAUGGCAUGCCAUGGUUUUUAAACACAACACUAUGAUUAAUGUUCGUGGGAGACCCACGAACAGGAUAAUCGUGAUUUUAUACUUUCUCCUAAAAGAGGUCGGUGACGGGCGGAAACAUCCACCUUCGAUGUGCAAACGUAUAUCAGCUGUCGACGGAAAAACUGGUAGCGUACAUUAUGCAGCGGCUACAUCGCUGCGAAAUCGCGUUAACAUUGACACUCGAAUGUCUGGUGGUGAUGCAACACGCCAUGAAAUAUCUAAUAAUAUAAUAUACGCGCGGCGUGUCGUUUGUUAUUUAAGAUACGCAUGUUCUAAAGCGGCUUGCAUUGGACAUAUGUAUACUAAUCAUCGAGUUAUUUUCAUACGUGAUGAAAUCUGGCUUUCAUUAGAGAGGUAUCUCACGUAUCAAUCGAUAAAAAUAAUGUCGAACCAGAGUUAUUAAGAUUCCACCGGUGCGGAAAUGCAUCAUCUAUUGGCUGAAGCUUUUAAAAUCUAUUAUUACCGGGAAACAGGUAAUUCGCAUCUCCAUAUGUCGCUAUCUAAGUAUAUAUUAUUUUUAAGAGUAUAGAUUGCAUAGAAGUAUAUAUAAUACAU